UUUGAGUUUUUUUUGGUCCUCAACUGAUUGAAUUAUUAAAUAGAAUAGAAACAAGAUUAACGGAAUAGGUACAUGGGCAAGAGCGAACCCGGGAAAAGGUAAACGGGUACAAUUGAUUUGGUAUUUGAAAUACAAAAGCCCGUCUCCGCUUUCAAACUCAACAAUUAUACAAUCUUCGUUUUCUCUCGAUUGAUUCAUCUUCCUACGCAUGGUGAUGAUGGUUACAGGCCAAGAAAGGAGUUCUCAGCCAGACAAACUGGCUAUAAAGGAGGAGGAAGAUAAAGACAUCAACAUUUACAGAAGGUGGACUCUCAAUGAUUUUGAUAUUGGAAAACCCCUCGGAAAAGGCAAGUUCGGAAGUGUCUACCUUGCUAGAGAAAAGAAGAGUAUGUAUGUUAUUGCCAUGAAAGUUCUAUUCAAAAGCCAACUUGAAGCAUCUCAAGUAGAACACCAACUACAAAGGGAGGUUGAAAUACAAAGUCACCUUCGGCAUCCCAAUAUACUUCGCCUAUAUGGUUAUUUUUAUGAUAAGAGUCGUGUAUAUCUGGUUCUUGAAUAUGCUGCAAAGGGUGAGCUAUAUAAAGAGCUUCGACGCUGUAAAUACUUCAGUGAGAAGCGUUCAGCUACUUACAUUGCAUCACUAGCAAGAGCUUUGAUAUACUUGCAUGAUAAGCAUAUUAUACAUCGGGACAUAAAGCCAGAGAAUUUGUUGGUAGACAUCAAGGGUGAGCUCAAAAUAGCAGAUUUUGGAUGGUCUGUUCACACGCUUGAUAAAAGGAAAACAAUGUGUGGAACCUUAGAUUACUUGCCUCCUGAAAUGGUGGAGAACAAGGAGCACGAUACUGCAGUGGACAUUUGGAGCUUGGGAGUGUUGCUGUAUGAAUUUCUGUAUGGUACUCCUCCUUUUGAAGCAAAAGAGCAUUCAGAUACUUACAGGAGGAUUAUGAAAGUGGAUCUGAAUUUUCCUCCCAACCCAAUAGUCUCUGAUGCAGCCAAGGACCUUAUUUCUAAGCUGUUGGUUAAAUAUUCUUGGCAGCGUCUUCCCUUAACAGGCCUUCUUCAACAUCCAUGGAUAGUCCAAAAUGCUGACCUUUCUAGUGUUUAUGAACGUGCAUAGUGAGAAAGCUCCAAGUCCUCAAACAUCCAAUGAUAACUUGUUCUCCUCAAUUGGGUUGCGAACAUCAGAGAACUUGAGUUAUAUGAUUAUUCAUAUUACAUUGAUGUAAAAUAUAAAAUACAGCUGGAAAAGGAUGGUUGCAUUGAGUGUCAUAUGUUACUGAAUUCAUAUUUAGUAAGCUUUUGAGGUUAUAUGUUUUUCUCCAGAACGGAACUCUUAAAUUUUGUCAUAAACACCAUGUUCAUAAUGCAUCUCGUUUAUCUGCUUUACUCGCAUCAA